CGGAGGACCAAAUGGAAGAAACAGGACGGCAUCUCCAACACAGAGGCCGCCGAUUAUAAGGUCGGCGCUGAUAAACGACCCAAAGACCAGUCGACCGGUAAUAAACAUAAAUCAAACAAAUCAGUGAAAAGCAAUACGAAUGCAAACAAUAGUUCAAAGACUUCAGCUCUUAAUCUGUCAAAUGUCUCGACUGUCGGACAAACGUCUUCUUGCAGUCAAACGAGUGAAGAAACGGUUCGUAAUAUCAGUACUAAUAGUAACAGCAGUUGUUGUUCGACCACUAAGAAUGGCAUUUCAGACAUUCAUACAAAUACUUCCAGUGUAUUGAAUAAUAAUCAUAAUAAUAGUAAUAAUGAUAAUAAUUAUGACUUCGACUUUAAGCCGGAAAUGGAUGAAAAUGAUUCAUCGAGUCCUCGAUCUCUAAGAAUAGCGGAUCCAUUGGAUUCGGACGGCGAGAGAGACUCGUCAAUGGCUUUUGAUGACGAGGACGACGACGAAGACGAGGAAAAUACAGAUAAUAAAGAGCACAACAGAACGAUAGGCGCUGGCAAUCAAACGACUACUUUAACAGCA